AUGAGAGAGGCCGUAGAAGACGACCAAAAAGACAGUAGAGAAAGAUUAAGGAGAAGCCGACCACGGCAAGAAGACAACAGGCAGGGAUCAAGAAGAAGCCGACUACACAGGGAUGACAGUCGAGAAAGAACGAGGAAAAGGCGACAACCAGUGGUCAUGGGAGCAACCCCCUUCCACCACUCGAUCUUGGAAGUCCAGUUACUGAAGCACUUUAACAAACCAACAGAUAUGAGGUAUGAUGGGACUCAAGAUCCCCAGGAGCAUCUAACGGCCUUUGAAGCCAGAAUGAACCUGGAAGGGGUAGGCGAUGAAGUAAGGUGCCGCGCUUUCCCCGUAACUUUAGCAGGAUCGGCGAUUCGUUGGUUCAAUGCCCUCCUUCAGGGCUCCAUAACUGCAUUCGCCGACAUUAGUCGUGCCUUCCUGGCUCAGUUCACCAUGCGUAUCGCUAAAGAGAAACACCCGAUCAAUCUGUUAGGAGUAACACAAAGAACCGGCGAGCCGACUCAGAAGUACCUGGACAGAUUCAACGACGAGUGUUUGGAGAUUGACGGCCUAACCGAUUCGGUAGCCAGCCUAUGUCUGACCAACGGGUUAUUGAACGAGGAUUUCAGGAAACACCUUACCACCAAGCCCGUUUGGACAAUGCAGGAAAUCCAGAACGUAGCCAGGGAGUACAUCAAUGAUGAGGAAGUAAGCCAGGUCAUGGCGGCCAACAAGUGGCAGCCCGCUUACAACCAUACCCGCCAACACGGCAGCGGAGAAAGGCUUAAGGAACACUCCAAAGACGGAGUCCCAGCUAAAAGCUCCAGGCCAUUCCCCCGGGUCGGCAAGUUCACCAAUUACACCCCCCUAGCCGCUCCAAUUGUGGAGGUCUAUCAACAAAUAGCCGAUAAGGGUAUUUUGUCGAAGCCCCGACCUCUCAAGGAUAGGACCGGAGGAAACAAGAGCCUCUAUUGCGAUUACCAUAAGGGUUUUGGUCACAAGACCCGAGACUGUUUUGAUCUCAAAGACGCCUUAGAACAGGCAAUCCGGGAUGGCAAGCUGGCAGAACUGUCCCAUCUUAUAAGAGAGCCGAGGAGGCGAGAUGGGGAUCGACCCGAGGAUAAGGACAGAGCCAUGAGACGAAGGAGGGAACUUGAGGAAGAAAGCGAACGGGGACUCACGGUGGUGAACGUUGUAGUCGGAAGGGAUGCCGCCCCAGGUCAAUGUCGGCGUGCAAAAAGGACGCCAAAGUCUUGGCAGUAUCCUCGUCCAGCACCACACCUCCCCCCAGGAAAGCACCACUAA